AUGCGCCCACCUCUUUGUUCUUCUUCUUCUUCUUCUUCUAGUUAUUCACUUGCUGAAACGAGUUUGAAAAGCAGACUCUUGACGAUAUUCAAGAAAGCUCAGGAACUUACAACUCUAUGUGACAUCGAAGCCUGCGUCAUUCAUUACGGACCAGACGGCGAACUCAAGACAUGGCCCGAGGACAGAGACAAAGUGAGAUCCCUCGCUCUCCGCUACAUCCAAUUAGACAAAGCCAAGAGACUCAAGAAAAGCAUCGAUCUUUAUGGGUUCCUCAACAAGAAGAAGAAGAAAGCCAAGAAGAAUGUUGAUGAGGAAUUAAAGUAUCCAAUAUCCGAUCAUUACUCGGCCUACCAAAUCAAUCAACUGAUUCAGUCUUUGGAACUAAGUUACUCUACUUUGCAAGAAAGAAGUCGUUUCUUUGAAGCAAAAGCAAACUUGGAGGAUCGUUCUUUGAACCCUAGCCACGUCACCAGUUACCCACAGGAGUCUUGUGUUUAUGAUCAUAAAAACAACAACUUUCAACAUCUUUGCCUUACAGAUUACUCAGAGGUGCCUUUCAAAUCUGGGUUACAUUAUCAGUUGAUGCCUUAUGAUCAGAACAUGAUGUGUAUGGGUAAUAACUCUCAAGAUCCUUGCGUCUCAAACCCACAUGAUUGCUCAGUGCUCCCAGCAGAGCUACAAGAAUCUGUGAAUAACUACGGGAUGAAUCAGUUGAUGCAGCAUGAUCUUUAUGGCUUUGAUCAGAACAUGUAUAUGGGUGAUACUAUCAACAGCUGCAACGUUCUGGAUCCUCGUCUCUCAAAGAUAGCUUCAGGUGACUUCUGUUUUGGUUUCCAGGACCCUUGUGGUGGUUACCCUAGCUUCUCUCAAGAUUUUCCAGACGUGUCUUCAAGCUGUGUUUAUGAGAACAGACUACUUCAGGGAUCUACUCUACCAUCUCUCUAG